AAGAAAAAAAACAAAAAUAUUAUUUCCCCAAAAACAUGCUCCGAUUCUGUUGCUUUUCUCCCAUCGGUUAAUUUUCUUUUUACCGAUUGCGUGAAAAUAAUGCGAAGAAAUAUUUUGCCCAUUUUCGGAGUUGUUGUUCUAAGAUGGAUUAUUGCUUCGUUUUCAUGAAUCGAAAGGGUUUCCGCCUCUGAUUCGUGUGUAUAUAUAUACACAUACACGAAGAGUGAAAAAUAUUUUCGGAAUUUCGUUUAAAUUUUGUUUUUUUGGAAUAAAUGUCUGAAUUGGUGGCUCGUACUGGCCGGCAUCAGCAGCGCUACGAGGAUGGUUACCGCCUCAUUGCUGGGUGUAUUCCCUUCAAAUAUACGUAUGUGGAAGAUGAUGAAUGUGGGACAUCGGAGAAGAUCGUUGAAGUACUAAUGAUCAAUUCAACUAGUGGACCUGGUCUUCUAUUUCCUAAGGGUGGAUGGGAGAACGAUGAGACAGCUGAUGAGGCAGCAGAAAGGGAAGCCAUGGAAGAGGCUGGAGUUCGAGGAGAUUUGGUGCAUUUCUUGGGAUGCUAUUCUUUCAAGAGCAAGACACUGCAGGAUGAGUACAGCCCAGAAGGUUUAUGUAGAGCUGCCAUGUAUGCUUUGCACGUGAAUGAAGAACUCGAGUCGUGGCCUGAAAAAAGCCACAGAGAAAGAAGUUGGCUGAAAAUCCCGGAAGCUAUUGAAUGCUGCCGACACGUCUGGAUGAGAGAGGCUCUUGAGAAAGGAUUCUCCAAUUGGUAUAACGAUGGUAUGGUCACUACUUUGCCCAAAAAGAGGUCCCCUUAAUUAGUUCGUCGUAUAAUUCAGUACUGAGAUUUUUUAGAAAUUCAUCUGGUAAUGGUACCGUUUUCUUCGGACAUAUUUUGGUGCCGUUUCUCUCGGUUUUUUUUUUUUUAGUUGAUUAGGAAUUGGAAGUAAGAUGGAAAUCCUUGUGUUGUUUUGGGUGGUUGAAAGUCUUUGGUGGACAAAGACCUACUUUUUAAUUGUGAACUUCUCUGUUUUGAAAGAAUCACAAGGAUGCAUAUUGCCUGUA